AUUCACAAUCACAACCAACCUACAGUAUAUCUAUAGCAAACGCGCAUUCUUCAUUCAAGUCAAUCAAAACAAUUAUAUAAUGUAAGAAAAUGCUCAAGAGGCAAUUCUGUAUGCUGAAAGCCCAGGGAAGGCUCCCACUGGACCUCCCUCUGAGACCAAUGAAGGCCUGGCUCCUGGCAGGGAAAAGAGUCUUCCUGGAGCGUGAGGCAGAGACAUGGAAGAGAUGGAGGAAGGUCUCUGUAGCUGAAUUGACUUGGGAUGCAAAGAGGGGCCUGGAAUUACAGGAAACAGAGACAGAGAUAGUUAUCCUGCUCAGUGGCCAGAGAGUUCCGGUUGAAUUAAGGAUACCAAAUGUCAUCGUGGACACUGCGCCCGACGGAGACAUCCAGCUUCUGAAAGAGGAGUGUUGGAAGUUGAACUUCUUGCACCUAAAGGAUGAGACAUGCCUGGCCACUGAGCUCUCUGAGCUUUAUGGACAUUCUGAGACCUCUUCAAAGGAAACUCUAAUUGAAGAGAAAAGACCAAAGACCAAGUGCCCGGCCAGUGUCGCUGGGGCUGCUGACAUUGACAACACCAACGAGGAGGCUUCAGUGGAGUCUCCGAAUAACAAUGUGGUGGAUGUCCAGGCUGAGCCGCUGGCCCUGGUCGGUGUGGAGAAAGAGGCUGCUGGAGAUGGAAAGGUCCUCAGCAAGGUGGUGAAGCCCAAAGUGUGGCUGAAGGAGGGUUGCAAAGAUCAGCUAACCCGAAAAUUCUAUGAUAUGAUUGCGGAACUACCAAAGUCCUAUUUCGAAUCCACUGAGAGCCUUCAUGAGAUGUGUGGCAGAGGUCCUGAGGUGUGCAGCAGAGUGCCUGAGGUGUGCAGCAGAGGUCCUGAGGUGUGCAGAAGAGGUCCUGAGGUGUGCAGAAGAGUGCCUGAGGUGAGGUGCAGAGGUCCUGAGGUGAGGUGCAGAGGUCCUGAGGUGAGCAGCAGAGGACCUGAGGUGAGGUUCAGAGGUUCUGAGGUGAGCAGCAGAGGUCCUGAGGAGUGCAGCAGAAGUUCACAGGUGUGCAGCAGAGGUCCUGAGGUGUGCAGUGGAGUGCCUGAGGUGUCAAAUGCAGUGGGAGAGGUGUCAAGUGACACAAAGAAGACAGAGGCUACUGGAGCCCUUCUGAACACUGGAAAUGGCCUGAGAAAGGUGGUGCAGCUAUCCACUGAGAGCCGUCCUGAGGUGUGCAGUGGAGUGGCUGAGCUGUGCAGCGGUCCUGAGGUGUGUAGCGGAGGUCCUGAGGUGUGCAGUGGAGUGCCUGGGGUGAGCAGCGGAGGGCCUGGGGUGUGCAGUGGAGUGCCUGAGGUGUCAAACGCAGUGGAAGAGGUGUCCAGUGACACAAAGACGACAGAGGCUGCUGAAGACCUUCUGGACACUGGAAAUGUCCUCAGCAAGGUGGUGAACCCAAAAGGGUGGCUGAAGGACGACUGGGAAGAUCAGCUGACCCAAGACUUCAAUUAUAUGAUUGCAAAACUCCCAAAGUCCUAUUUCGGAUCCACCGAGAGCCUUCCUGAGGUGUGCAGCAGAGGUCCUGAGGCCUCAAACACAGUGGAAGAGGUGUGCAGUGACACAAAGAAGACAGAGGCUACUGGAAACCCUCUGAAAACGGGAAAUGGCCUAAGCAAGGUGGUGCAGCUAUCCACUGAGAGCCGUCCUGAGGUGUGCAGCAGUCAUGAGGUGUGCAUUAGAGUGUCUGAGGUGUUCAAUGGAGGUCCCGAGGUAUACAGUGGAGUGCCUGACGUGUGCAGUGGAGGUCCUGAGGUGAGCAGGGGAAGUCCAGAGGUGUUCAGUGAGGUGCCUGAGGCGCCAAACGCAGUGGAAGAGGUGUCCAGUGACACAAAGAAGACAGCGGCUGCUGAAAACCUUCUGGACACUGAAAAUGUCCUCAGCAAGGUGGUGAACCCCAAAGGGUGGCUGAAGGAGGGCUGGGAAGAUCAGCUGACCCGAGACUUCAAUAAUAUGAUUGCAAAACUCCCAAGGUCCUAUUUCGGAUCCACCGAGAGCAUUCCUGAAGUGUGCAGCAGAGGUCCUGAGGCCUCAAACACAGUGGAAGAGGUGUGCAGUGACACAAAUAAGAACGAGGCUACUGGAAACCUUCUGAAAACAGGAAAUGGCCUAAGCAAGGUGGUGCAGCUAUCCACUGAGAGCCGUCCUGAGGUGUGCAGCAGUCCUGAGGUGUGCAUUAGAGUGCCUGAGGUGUUCAGUGGACGUCCCGAGGCCUCAAACGCAGUGGAAGAGGUGUCCAGUGACACAAAGACGACAGUGGCUGCUGAAGAUCUUCUGGACACUGGAAAUCUCCUCAGCAAGGUGGUGAACUCCAAAGGGUGGCUGAAGGAGGGCUGGGAAGAUCAGCUGACCCGAGACUUCAAUAAUAUGAUUGCAAAACUCCCAAGGUCCUAUUUCGGAUCCACCGAGAGCCUUCCUGAGGUGUGCAGCAGAGGUCCUGAGGCCUCAAACACAGUGGAAGAGGUGUGCAGUGACACAAAGAAGACAGAGGCUACUGGAAACCUUCUGAAAACGGGAAAUGGCCUAAGCAAGGUGGUGCAGCUAUCCACUGAGAGCCAUCCUGAGGUGUGCAGCAGUUCUGAGGUGUGCAUUAGAGUGCCUGAGGUGUUCAAUGGAGGUCCCGAGGUAUGCAGUGGAGUGCCUGAUGUGUGCAGUGGAGGUCCUGAGGUGUGCAGGGGAAGUCCAGAGGUGUUCAGUGAGGUGCCUGAGGCGCCAAACGCAGUGGAAGAGGUGUCCAGUGACACAAAGAAGACAGCAGCUGCUGAAAACCUUCUGGACACUGAAAAUGUCCUCAGCAAGGUGGUGAACCCCAAAGGGUGGCUGAAGGAGGACUGGGAAGAUCAGCUGACCCGAGACUUCAAUAAUAUGAUUGCAAAACUCCCAAAGUCCUAUUUCGGAUCCACCGAGAGCCUUCCUGAGGUGUGCAGCAGAGGUCCUGAGGCCUCAAACGCAGUGGAAGAGGUGUGCAGUGACACAAAGAAGACAGAGGCUACUGGAAACCUUCUGAAAACAGGAAAUGGCCUAAGCAAGGUGGUGCAGCUAUCCACUGAGAGCCGUCCUGAGGUCUGCAGCAGUCCUGAGGUGUGCAUCAGAGUGCCUGAGGUGUUCAGUGGAGGUCCUGAGGUAUGCAGUGGAGUGCCUGGGGUGAGCAGCGGAGGGCCUGGGGUGUGCAGGGGAAGACCUGAGGUGUUCAGUGAGGUGCCUGAGGCGCCAAAUGCAGUGGAAGAGGUGUCCAGUGACACAAAGACGACAGACGCUGCUGAAAACCUUAUGGACACUGAAAAUGUCCUCAGCAAGGUGGUGAACCCCAAAGGGUGGCUGAAGGAGGACUUGGAAGAUCAGCUGACCCGAGACUUCAAUAAUAUGAUUGCAAAACCCCCAAAGUCCUAUUUCGGAUCCACCGAGAGGCUUCCUGAGGUGAGCAUAGGAGUGCCUGAGGUGUUGAACGCAGUGGAAGAGGUGUGCAGUGACACAAAGAAGACGGAGACAAUUGGAGACCUUCUGAACACUGGAAAUGGCCUCAGCAAGGUGAUGCAGCUAUCUACUGAGAGCUCUUCUGAGGUGAGCAGCGGAGUGACCGAGGCGUUGAACUCAGUGGCAAAGGUGUCCGGCGAAAUAAAGAAGCGGAAGAAAAAUGGCGUUCUGCGAUUCUUCCGACGUGUGUGGAAGUUCUUCACAUGCACCAACAGCCUCCCCAAAGAGGAGUGACUCAAGCACAAACACACACACACACACACACACACAACUCUGGGCCAUACUGGGCAUCUGAAUUUCUCCACCGUCUCCCCCUUUCCU